CCGACUACGUAAGCAAAUAGCCCAGCGAGACCUCCUGGCUACCGGGGCAUUUCUAUGGAAACUUAUAAAUGUGAAGAGAAUGAAAGAAAAUGGACUCUGAAGGUGAUUCAAUCAGCUUAAUCGAUCAGUCUGACGAAAGACGGUUUCUAUAUAUGGCUCAGGGAGACUCAUUGGAUACAGAUUAUUCAUCAGAAUCAUCAGAGGAGGCUGACUACCAGAAACAUACAGAAUUUUUGGCAACAUAACAUAAAGUUAAGAGUGGGCCAUCUUCUGAUGCCACAAUGAUCCCAAAGACUGAAGACGAACAUUUGGAAAAAGGAGGAUCUCAGGCUUCCUUUGUAGCGAUGUCAGUGCCAGCAUCAAUGUACCAAACAAGUACAAGACAAUACAUUUCUGUAACACAGAGACCAAUUCACAUUGGCCAUGCAAUGUCAGAUCGAAUGACAGGAUUACCAAACUCAGGAACACAACAGCCAGGACCUAGGCUUGUGCCGUGUGCACCACCAAUUGUAGAUGGAACACAGCAGUUCUUUAUGCCUAGCCAGAUCAUUGUACCAACUGCCUCUGAAGACAUGCCAACCUACCAGAUACGCAUUCCAACUUCUGCAUUGCCCCAAGGAAUAGAAGUAGCUGCUCCCCCCAAUACCUUGCAUAAUGCUCAUCAAACCGAGGAUGCAACAAGAAAGAGAGAGUUGAGGCUAAUGAAAAAUAGGGAAGCUGCUUGGGAAUGUCGUAAAAAGAAGGAAUACGUGAAAUGUUUUGAAAAUCGUGUGGCUGUACUUGAAAAUCAAAACAAGACUCUGAUUGAGGAAUUGAAGGCCUUCAAAGAUCUCUAUUGUCAUAAAGCAGAAUGAUGGCUUUGAAUUAGACUUUUUUUGUUUUUUCGACUCUUAUAGAGGCGUGCUGUCAAGUAAUUACCAUGUGGACUUUAGGGGCUCUUACUCUUGGACACACAACUUUUUUGUAUGGGACAUGAAGGAAAUCAGGAGGUUAUCUAUGGAGUGUGAUUUGCAAUAAAUAUUAUGUUACUAUUUUUAAAAAAA